AUAAUAAUUUUUACCUGAGGAACAACUUGUCUUAUACCAAUUUUUAGUGCAAAGUGUAGUUAACCAUUAACGACAUUAAAAAAUAAAUAUUGUCAUGGAAAUAAAUGAAAAAAUUCUAUUUUCGUAUAAUCCUACAAUGUUUCAAAACUUGGCCAAUUAUUUGUUAGGCUCCGUAAUGAGUCAAGAAAGCGGAGUAACAGCGGAAGGGGUCCAAAACGACGGUACGAUAAGGUUAAGAUCCGAAGUACAGGAGGACGAUUGGGUAUUAGUGGACAGAGACAGCGAAGGCAAUUCGGACACUUGUUCAGUGGAAAGUUUAGAUGACAUCGACGAAGAGGUACCCACCGUUAUGAAACGGGUUCUAACCAGAUCGAGUUCAACGUCGUCUCUAUUAUGCGCUUCUAAUAUGGAGGAAUCGUGGUUUGUAACACCGCCGCCGUGUUUCACGUCGCAAGGGCCUGUCCAUAUGGAGACUUCUCCAUUGGAGAAUCUCCUCAUCGAACAUCCCAGCAUGAGUGUUUACCGCAUUCAUCCGAGUAGGAGACAUUUUACGGUGACUGUACCCGUCAGAUCCGCUUCUUCGGCUUCGAGAUUAAGUAAUGAAGAAGAGGAUUUGGAAGUCGAGGACGAGGACGUAGACGGACAGGAUAUUGCCCUAGUUAAUAGGAUACCUCGUUUGAAUAGAUUACAAGUUAUGCAACAGCAAGAAAGGCAAAGGUACAAGCACAAAAGGGCGCAAAAGGUACAAGUGCAAAAGGCAUGUGAAACUAUCAAGAGGGGUAAUUUGGAGAGGAACAACAAGGCUCGUGAAGUCAAUAGUCGUAACCGACGACAAAGACGCGGAGAACGUUCCCAAGGUGCGAGACGUUCUUUCGCAAAUAACAAUCGCAAAUGUUAAAAUUUCUAAAAUUAUUGAUCUCUUUUCGCAACAUCCGACGAUUUUCCAAAUGUCAAUUUCAAAUUUUAUUAUAUUUCUAUAUGUUACAAUUUUGGUGUAUCUCGUAUAUCAAUAUACAAAAAAGAAUCAUCCUCUUAUGUAAAUUAUCUUCUUAUGAUCAACAGUUAUACUUCUAUAUCGCGCCCACCUCUACUAUCCCUCACAUCUACGCCAUGUUAGAUUUGAAAAACGCGCAAACGCACAAGUUCAAUAUUUGAAAAUCCCGCGGUAAUUAUUGAAUCUAACCUACUCAGUAUAACCAAGUUUAAUUUAAUAAAAAUAUAUUGUAAGAAAUUUAAUGAAGAUGGAGGAUAACGUUUCUUAACGCAUAACUGAUUUAAAUUUACGUAACAGGAUGUUAAAAAAAAUCAUUCUAGGGCUUCUCUAAUAUGUAUCCGUUACGACAUAAGGGGAAUAUUGAUUAAAAAUCCCUUCGAUAUUGUAAAUAUUUUUCUUUAUAAGGUCUAGAAUGAAAUUUAAAAGAAAUAAAUGAAAAAAGAGCACCAUGUUCAGAUAUUUAUUAUCUUCGGAUGUUGCCGUUAAUUUUACGUCUUUCAAUAUAUAAUUUAAAUCAAUCACAUUGCAGGUAAGACUCGGUUGAGAAUAAGAGAUUUGUAGAGGUGUGUUAGAAAUAAGUUAUUUUGUAACUUGACAGUUUUUUUAGCACAUCUCUUCAACAGCCUAAGUAGUGUGGUCGAAUAUAAUGUAGAUACAAAUAUAUUUUUAUCAAUAUCAUAGUGAGACAUUUUGAAAAAAUUAUUUAUUUUUUCGUUUAUUUUACGAUGUCGUCCAAAAAAACUAUUAUUACAUUUUACUCACACUAUAUAUCAUUUUCGGUAAGAUUCCUGGAAAAAAACUGAUGAUGUAAUCGUAUUUUUCGAAAAUAGCAACGUUGGCCAAAUUAUAUCGUCCAAUUGAACCUUUUCCAAAAGUGAUCUGCCAAAAAUGUAAAAAUACACUUUUUUUUAAUUACAACUAUGGUAUCUAUAUUUAAAAAAUGAAAAAAAAAUCAAAAUAUAAAAACCGAAAAAAAUUUUUUUAUUUGGCCAAUUUACCGCGCAGAUUCGGCUCAUAUUAACACAAAUCCCAUCCACGCAAUGUCACUGAUACAGUACAAAUCUAAUAAUAGGUGAAUAUCGAUGAUUUUUUUUAAACGAAAAGGGCACAAAGAUUUAGCAAUACUACAAAAAAUUUUUUUCAUUAUGAUUUUAACGAAAUUUUUGUUGUGAGAGAACAUUUCGUGUGCCCUUGGUAAUAGCAAUAUGCAUGUAUUACGUGGAAUUUUUAUGAAGCAUUAAAGUGAAAUAUUAAAAUUACAGUUUUAAUUUUUUUUUAAAUUAAAAGUAUUUUUACUAAUUUUCUCAAUGAAAAUCAACUUACUUAUAGUGCUCAAUACUUUUAUGGAAAAAAUUCACAUUUCGAGGUUAUGUUCUAUACACUUCAUACCGAUUUUUUUUUAUUUGGGGAUUUUUCAUAAACUCACUUACAGUAGCUUGGAAUGUUUUCAAAAAACCUUUUUUUCCAUUUAAAUUGCUUUAAAAACUAAACUUAAUUAGUAAAAAUUAGUUUCUUCUCAUCUAAAUUAAUCACAAACUAACAUAUGGAAGUCUAUACGCAGUUGCCAGAUUGUAAAAUUUGUCAGUAACUAAUUUUACGUACACAUAGAAUAACACGUUUAACGACUAUUACUUACCAUUAAAAUAAAGUUUCUAUCAGUUUCCCAGUAAAAAUACCAAUGUACAUAUCACCAUAUGAAUCACAGCAAAUUAAAAAAAAAACGUUUACAAAAUAAUUUGAAAUAACUACAAUAAAGUGGCAACGCUGUUGAAUAUAUAUUUAUUUCUGUUCAGUCAGCGAACGUUCCCGAAUAGUUCGAAAAAUAACACGACUACACAACAAAUGGAAGUCUAUACGCAAUUGCCAGAUUGUAAAAUUUUUCAGUAACUGAUUUUACGUACACAUAUCAGCAUCAUAGAAUAAUACGCUACACCACCAUUAAUUACGAAUAAAAUGAACUACUUCCAUAAAAAACCAUUAACACAUCACCAUAUGAAUCACAUAUACUGGUAAAUCCAAAAAAACGUUUACAACUGACUGCAAACAAAUAGAUCAAGUGGCAACGCUGCUAAAUACACAUCAAUUUCAGUUGAGUCAGUGAACGUUCCCGAAUAGUUCCGAAAUAAACCGAUUCCACUUCAUAUGCGAGUCUACGUUGUUGCCAUAUUGUACAUUUUUUCAGUAACUAAUAUUGAGAAUAGUAGUAAAGUAAAGAAUAGUACUAAGCGUCAUUACCAUAAAUGAAAAUUAGAUAAUUAUUAUUCUGCAACUAUCCAUGACUCACGAACUAUUCUAAAACACCACAUAUACAUCAUACUACUUUUGAAUUACAAAACAAAAUAAAUACGUCGCUGAUUAAUUCCAAAUAUUCGAAACAACGUGACAACGUUGCAAAAGUAAAUUAUUUUAAUUGAAGUAGGUUAGGUUAGGCGAAUGUGUCCGAAUAACAAGAGUUUAUUACAAUUGAAUUGUGCUUAUUUGGAAGGGAAAGAAUUAGGGGUGCAGAUUUAACAUAAUGGUGAAGAUUAAUAAUAUUUAAUACGUAUUUUCGCAUAAAACAUAAACAUAACCUAGGAAUAAGAUUUUUAUUAAUUAUUUAAGUUUGAUUGAGCACAUAUAGUUUAAUUGAUUUCCGUCGAUUUUUUAAAUUUUAGAUUGCAUGUAUUUUUUUCAUUUUAUCUCAAUUAUAACGUGUAUUUCGUUAAUUUAGCAAAAUAAUUGUGUAUGCAGAGAAAACUACAAAAAAAAUGAUAAAAUUCGAAAUAUUUAGAAAAUUAAGCUAACACAAAAAAAAUAUUUUUUUUUGUUUACUAUUGCAACUAUUUUUAUUUAUUUUUUAUAUUACAGAAAGUGUGUUAUAUACAGGUUGGUUGAGAAUGUCUGCAUUUUCCUAACGUAUACGAGGAUUGUCGAAAAGUUAUUUUUACCGUACUAUAAAUUAUAUGUAAACUUUUCGUACAAUCCUGGUAAUAAGUAAACGGAAAUUAGGAUUAAGUUUAUUUCAGUAUGGUUUGUGUUUAGCUUGAUUAUAUGUGAGCAGACAAUUAUAUGUAAGUUAAAGGAAUGUAUUAUGGAGCACGUCUAGUUGAUAGUUAUUACUUUGUAUGCAUAGUGAAUGUAUAAUUGUGAAGCAAUAUGUGAAAAAAAAACAAAAAAAACACAUUUUUCUGGUGUUGAUUCUGAAAAAAAUAUGAAAAGAUGAUAUAAAAAGUUGAAAACAAUAAAAUUAAUUAUGUUGA